CUGCAAAACGCCAUCAUCCUCAACGGCGAAUGCGACAUGUGCAACAACUACAAUGACAUGCUACGUGCAAAGUGAGAUAAUUCCAGGUACGAGUGUGUUCGGCAGAGGUCGUAUCAGAUACUCUCGCGGAUGCAUGGAAGAGGACGUUUGCCAAGCAAACGACUGUCGGAAAACCCCUGAGAAUUGCAUUAGUUGCUGCGAUGGUGACUUAUGCAACGCUGCCACGUUAAAGAACCACCUUGUAGAUAAUAUGCUAACCCGACCAUGUUACCGUUGCCAAUAUUCGGACAUACGAGGAACCCGGAGUGACGCUCAUUGCGGACCAAGUGACUUUGAUGCAUCUGCCUCGGACUCUCAGGUAUACGGUAUCGACUGCCCGGGUUUAUGCUACAUCGCUAGACUCCAAUACGAGCAUGCUGUUGAAAUCUUUCGAGGUUGCCAGUACCAUGGUAGGUACUGUACCUAUGACAGACAAGCAGUCGACGGCGUACCUGCAAAUGAAUUGGUUGAUUAUCGUACUGGACGUCACUUUGAGCUCUCAUGUUGUGUUGACGACAAUUGUAACACCGCUACUGCCCUCUCCGUUGGAUUAGUGACAAUCCUUUUCUCAGCUACCCUCGGUGUGUUUGUCAUCUAAAUCAAGUCGCCGUCGCCGGAUGUAUA